AUGCCAAAGGAGCAGUAUAUGUGCCAAUUAUGUGCCAAUCAUGGAAUGUUUAAUCAGCCGAAAAAAGGACAUAAGCAAAAAUGUCUCUAUCGUUAUUGUCCAUGCAGUUUAUGUGCUCUAAAUACAAAACGGCGAGCAUUGGAUCAGAUUGAACGUCAAUUGAAAAACGGAUCAGCAAAUUUGCAGAUUGUUCCAAGAUUAAUGAAUAAUAAGGUAGACCACCUAUACGAUAAACGAUCUUACACAUGUGACAGCAAAAAUAUCAAUGCGGCAGAUUUCAAAGAUGACGAUUACGGUAGGUAA